AUGAGUCGUUUGUCGGGUGCUAUUCCUCGCCUUGGUCCUUUUAUUCAGCGCACCUCAGAUCCUCGCCCAGUUGUCCUGAUGACAUGCGCAGUGGCAGGAUCUGGAAAGUCCACUCUCGCAAAAUUGGUCUGCUCCGCCUAUCCAUCUUUCACACGCCUUUCCAUUGACGCGUAUAUCUAUUCUCAUCAUGGCCUUUACAACGUGGACUACCCCAAGGAACACUACGAGAAGUAUCUAGACGAGGCUGAAGCAGCAUUGAAGCAGCAACUUGUCCAUAUUCUCGAACAUGGCAAUUCGAACGUCAUCCUCGAUUUCUCCUUCGCAUUCCGCCAAGUUCGGGAUGAGUGGAAAGCGCUCAUCUCGGAAUCGGGUGGGCGCUGGGUGUUGGUGUAUCUGGACGCCGAUCCAACAGAGAUUCGGCGAAGAGUAGCAGCUAGGAAUGCAUUGACUGAGAAAGAUGGAGACUCGGCCUUCUAUCUAACAGAGGAUGUGUUGGAACGGUAUCUUAGUGGCUUUGAACGGCCGGUUGGGGAGGGAGAGAUUGUCAUCAACGUGGAUUAA